AUGCAAUAUGCCUACGACGUCUCCGCGGACAAAAUCGCUAUUCCAGGCAGCAGCUUAGGCCGUGCUAUGGAUCCGGAAACCAAUGGUGAGGAGUCCGAGGCGGAGGACGACGACGACGAUAUUUUAUUUGUUCUAAUGGUGUGUAUUGACGUUGCUCCAAGGAGUAGAGCCAUGUCGGCGAUGCACAUCUUUGCGCAAGACCUGCAAGUUUCUGGUCUCCACGGAGUCGGCCUUUUGUCACACAAAGAUGUGCUAUUUUUGCAGUCGGGCUGGCAAACACUGCAUAUGGGAUGGGGAGGCUCGAGCAUAUGGAUCUAG